AUGCGGCUGACCUUUGACCGGGUGCCAGGCGGCUGCAACCUACACAGGUGCAAGCUGUGCGGCAAGGUCGUGACGCACAUCAGGAACCACUACCACGUCCACUUCCCCGGCAGGUUUGAGUGUCCUCUCUGUCGUGCCACGUACACACGUAGUGACAAUCUGCGAACUCACUUUAAAUUUAAACACCCCGAGUCAAGAAAAAUAGACCUUAAUGAUUUUGUCGCCAGCUCCUUGGCUCUCUCCGCGUCAAACAAUGAUACGAUGAACACCUUGUCAUAA